AACGUUUCAGAAUGGUUUCAGCGCGCAAUACAAGUGGAGUCCUCAAGGCGCGAUGGCUGGCGCUGUAAAAUUCGCGGUGCGAUAUGAUCAUUCAAGAUAAUCGGGGGAUGAUACGAAGUACGAAGUGUUGCAGUAUUUCGCGAAAUGUCACAGUUAUGCAGCUUAAGAUUAUACCUCUUAACUAAAAGUCCAAAAAAUAUCAAAUUCGUAUUCAACAGUUUAAACGUAAGCAGGUAUAAAAGAGUCAGAGAUACGUUAUGUCAGAACAAACGAGGUUAUGCACCUUGUUCAUUACAUUCAAGAAUCCCUUACAUAUAUCCGACUCACAAGUUACUAAGCUCAAUAUUCUCAGCGGACUUUUUAAAUAUAACGAACAGUCUAGAAAAAAAUAGAGAGAAAGCAAACGGUUACUCUGAAACACAAACUUGUAAGAAUUUAGGGCUUAUAUUAAGCGGACUCGGUAUCGUUAUUGCUCUCUGCGAUGGUCCUAGUUUCACCAAAGUUGAUCUUACAGAGAAACGAUUACUGCGAGCAGCGCAGUAUGGAAAUAUACCUGAACUCAAGAAAGUACUGUCAGAAGGAGUCAAUAUCAACACUAGGCAUGCCUUGGGCUGGACUGCUCUGCAAACUGCUGCCAUUAAUGGCAAGGUAGAAGUUGUGAAGUUCCUACUGGAAAAAGGAGCAGAUCCCAAUGCAGGGGAUGAAUUUGUGAAUGUGUACAGAACAGCCUUAGAAAAGGGAUUACAUUCUCUGGAUGUGCUUAUGGAUCGUGAAGAAGAAUUUUCAGACCGGUUGAACAACAAAGCAAGUUUUCAAGGUUUUACUGCAUUGCAUUAUGCAGUUUUAGCUGAUUCAAUGCCAUGUGUUGAAGCCCUUCUAGAAGCAGGAGCGAAUCCAACGAUAGAAAAUGAAGCUGGUCACAGAGCAGUUGAAUAUGCAAGAGAUGGAGAUAUGAAAGAGCUUCUUAUCCAGCAUGCUCUUAAGUAUGAUGAAAUACUGAAAGAAAAGGAAGCUGAAGAGCGUAGGAGAUUUCCUCUGGAACAAAGAUUGAAACAACAUAUUGUAGGCCAAGAAGGUCCUAUCUCAAUUAUUGCUUCAACAAUAAGGAGAAAAGAGAAUGGUUGGGUAGACGAGGAGCACCCUCUGGUUUUUUUGUUUUUGGGAUCAUCCGGAAUAGGUAAAACUGAACUAGCUAAACAAAUGGCGGCGUACAUCCAUGCAAAUAAGCCAGACGGCUUUAUCCGAUUGGAUAUGUCGGAGUACCAAGAAAAACAUGAGAUGGCUAAAUUAAUAGGAGCACCGCCAGGAUAUGUAGGACAUGACGAUGGUGGUCAAUUGACGAAAUUGUUGAAAAAGUCUCCAUCUGCUGUUGUCUUGUUUGACGAAGUAGACAAGGCUCAUCCUGAUGUGCUGACAGUUCUGUUGCAACUCUUCGACGAGGGAAGACUUACAGAUGGAAAAGGAAAAACAAUCGAAUGUAAAGAUGCAAUAUUUGUUAUGACAUCGAACUUAGCUAGUGAAGAAAUAGCAGAACAUGCGAUGCAACUUCGCGCGGAGGCUGAGCGAGUCUUGACUCAACGUCUCGACAAAAUCACGGAUGAAGAUCAAGAGCCACAACAUAUUGAAAUAUCUAGAAAUUUCAAAGAUCGAGUGGUGCGUCCGAUACUUAAAGCGCAUUUCCGAAGAGAUGAGUUCUUAGGACGUAUCAACGAAAUUGUCUACUUUCUUCCCUUCUCACGGUCAGAACUGAUUCGUCUGGUUAACAGAGAAUUGGAAGCAUGGGCAGCCAGAGCGCGGGAUAAACACAAAGUAGAGCUAAAAUGGGAUAGAGAAGUAGAAUCUGUAUUGGCUGACGGAUAUGAUGUACAUUAUGGAGCCCGGUCUCUGAGAUAUGAAGUGGAAAGACGUGUCGUUAACCAGCUUGCCGCUGCUCAUGAACGUGGUCAAUUAGGAAAGGGAUCCUGCGUUCAGUUGAAAACCAAAUGGCAUGAGAAUGGAGCCAGUAUUUGUCUAUCUGUUCGUCCAGCUGGCGUCAAAGACUUCGUUGACAUCUCUGAGACCGAUAAUCUGAUAAAUGAUAUAAACACUGCAUUCUAAAUUGUAAAUAAUAAAGCAUGUAACAUAUAUUCAAUAAAUAAUAAUCUGAAAAUUGGUA